AUGUUGGCUUCCAUGAUACGAACGGCAUUAAAUAAAAAUAAUAAUACAAAGCAGCGUGCUGGUGGCGGGUCUGUUAAAAAAAAGAGGCGCAGGCAGUCUCGCAUAGGUUCGUUAACGAACAAACAAACACCCAGAAUUAGCGGAAGUAGUAAUAAUGAAAUCCAGCGUCUGCAAGAUGCUUAUUCUGUGAUUUACAAUAAAGCAAAGAGUUUAGAAAUUCGCUUAAAAGAACUGCAAGACGCACAACCAUCGCCACCAAAAACGAAACAAAAUGAAUUCGAGCAUCUAGCUUUAACAUUUUCCAAAAUAUUCAACUUAGAUCAUUUCGAAGUUUUAGAUCGAUCCAUCGAUACCGAAGGCAACGUUGUUAGAAGUGGUGUAUCCGAAUGGUUCACUUAUCUAGUUAACGAUGGAUUUCAUUAUUUAAAUUCAAAAAUGAGGGGAGCUCUCGGUGAUUGUGCAGAGACAUUUCUUUCUAAAAUACGUAUAGCUGAACUCAGCUCUUCGUUCUACUGUUUUGAUUACAAAUAUGAAAACAUUGCUGUUGGUAAACCUGCAUGGCAGAGCUCCACCAGAGGAAACGCCACAGCAAUGCGUGCAGUAGAUGGAUGGAAAACGACGAACUGGACUGAACCACCAACAUGCUCAGCAACCCAGGUAGAAAGCUCCCCAUGGUGGAAAGUUGAUUUAGAAGAUACUUAUCUCAUCAGCAGAAUAGUUGUUACUAACCGACUGGACUGCUGCUCGGAUGAGUUGAGUGGAGCCAUGGCAUUCGUUAGCGACAACGUUGAUUAUUUGAUAUGCGAUGUUCCUUUGAGUAAUUCCGCUGGUAUGGCCAAACAUCUGUUUGAUUGUUUCCCUGGCAUUUUAGGACGAUAUGUCUUUAUUAUACUCGAAGAAAGAAAAUCCUCAUCAUUAACGCUGUGUGAAGUUGAAAUAUUUCCACAAAGAAAACGUUGUGAAGCUACCAGUUACACCAAUAUGGCGGCGGGUACAGUUGCUCGAACAAGCAAUGAAUUGGACGGAUCCAUUGCUGUGACUGGUUUUGUCAUUGCACCUAAACCGGAAGAGAGUCAUAUGUGGCUUGCAAUCUACUUAAACGAGAUGUACGUCAUCAAUGAAGUCAAAGUGUUUGUCAAAUACCAUGAAAGCAUGUCCAUGUAUGGCGCCAGUGUAGAUGCGGGAAUUCGUGACUCGGGAAUCAUGACAAUGUGUAACUUAAUUGUGUCUAAAAGGUUUUUCGAAAUGUAUUCUUUCAAGUGCUUCGAAGAAAUAAGGGGUGACGUGGUACGUUUAAAUCAGAAAUCCUGGAGGUCCAGUGAUUUGUGGAUUUCAGAAAUAGAAAUAUACGGCAGCAUCACAGGUUGCACAACUGAGCGCAAUGUUGCAUUUGGAAAACCGACAAGCACAAGUUCGGAAUACAAUGGAUUGUCCAGUUCGGUCGUUGAUGGAUGGAAAUCUACAAACUUAUUUGAUUUAUCUUGCUAUCAAACAGACUAUGAGAACAGACCAUGGUGGAAAGUCGACUUGCGUGAACUUUAUAUUGUGAAUAAAAUAUUAGUUUACAAUCGGCAGGAUUGCUGUGCUGAUGAAUUAUCCGGUGCUAUUGCUACAGUUGGAAUUCAAGAUUCCUUUGAUUUGAAUGUACAGUGCGGCGAGGCAUUGGAAGAUACAAGCCUCGUAGUACGCCAUGUGUUUACGUGUGACAACAUAGGGGAUAUAGUCAGUAUAUAUCUAGAGUCAUUGGGAAUACUGACACUGUGUGAAGUCGAAGUUUAUGCUACUUUUACACCCUGUAUUCUUCAUCACGCCGAAACAAAUGAAACCUACUACUACCGAUUUGAUGCAGCGCGUCCAUUGGUGUUCAUGGACUAUACAGUAUUUCUUGUGAAGGCCCAGGGUAAUGUCUUUAUUGCUUUGUCUGAGGUCAUUGGGUACUCAGAGUACAGGUAUGAGAUAGAAAUUGGCAUCGAAAACAACACCCUAACUAGAAUCCGGCGAUGCGCUCAGUGUCCAAUCGAGAAAAUGUAUCGAUUACCUAAGAUUUUUGAAGCGAACGUUUGGAAUACUGUCUUAAUAACACUCGAAGAUGGACAUUUUAAAAUACUAUGUAAUAGUAUCCUAAUAUUUGAAUGGUUUGACCCGUAUCCACUACCGGUUAAUUACGUCGGAUAUUCAACUGGCUUGGGCAGUACGGGAUUGUUCAAGUUUUGCUCACGUAAUUCAGAUUUGUACGUGAGACAACCUGAUCACAUGGAACAUACUUGCUAUGACGUACCCACUCGAAAAGCAACAUGGAACGAGGCUGUAGAUUUCUGUGCUAGUGUUGGUGCCGAUCUGGCCACCAUUGACACGUGGGAGGUUCAGACAUUUUUAGAAACGUACACCACGUACAAUGCAAUUCACGAUAGUGUAUGGGUAUACGACACUGCAAACGAAUCAACCUAUUGGGCACCUGGUCACCAGAAAUACAGUGAAGAUUCUACUGAGGAGUUUUGCCCAAUGUUACAACUUGAAAGUGGCUAUAAAUGGAAAGAAGUGAAUUGUUCACAAAGAGCCUCCUUUGCAUGUAGACAUGAAAUCAACGACGAAUGCUACCACGAUAUUCAAGGCUUAGACUACAGAGGACACGUCAAAACAACAUUAAGUGGAGAGUCAUGUAGACUCCAAACUCACGUUACGAGUAACGAAGUGUCUGAUGAUGCGGAUGCUUACUGUAGAGGUGAAAAUUCGAUUGAACAACCAUAUUGUAAAACAUAUAACGGUAAUAAGUAUUGCGACACUGGUGCACCUGAGGAGUUCUGUCCAAAAGUUGAAAAAACUGAACCUAUAGGAAUAUGGUUGUUUAAUGAAAAAUCGAAGGGAUUAGAUCUUUCUGGAAAUGGUAACAAUGCAAUAUUUGGUGAUGUAAGUUUGGUGAAACCAGCAACGUUAGUGCAGGAUGGUGCAUUUUACCUCAAGGCUGAUUGGAACUCGUACAUCGAAAUACCAAUUAAUGGUGUCAUGAACAAUCAACGUUCGAUGACUCUCUUGGUGACAGUGUAUCUAUUAUCUAUUGAGAAUCAUGGAAUGAUCGCAGUCCUUCACACUAACGAUGACGUGGUCAUGCAGCUUUGGUACUCUGGGGGCGACCUUUUAUUGAAAAUCAAACUAGACGGUGUUAUGUUUGAAGUAAUUGCUGAAGAUAUCAUCAUAGCAAAUGAAUGGCAAUAUCUGGGUGCAUGCUAUGAUCACCGGAGAGGGGAAAUACGUAUUUAUCGAAAUGGGAAACUGGUGAUCAAAUACAUAACACCGCCAUUUCGUCAACUGUCGAAUGUAGAAUUUCUCAGAGUCGGUUCUUUUGGACACAUCAUUGAUCCUUUGGAGGGAAUGGUUCACUGUUUGCAAGUAUUUAAGGCAGCGUUCGUCCAAUAUGAAGUUGUUGAAGCAUUUCACACAUGUGAAGAAGUGAAUACUACCUCUGAAUGUUUUCUUAACGACAAUGGAGAGGACUACAGAGGAACAAGAGGAGAUGAUUCAUGCAUGUAUUGGACAGAAUUACGUAUUCAGUCAGCUCACUAUCCAUAUACUGGUCUUGGCCAUCACAAUUAUUGUCGAAACCCUGAUGGAUCAUCGCAUCCAUGGUGCUAUUAUUAUUCUGAAAAAACGAUGUGCGACAAUAUAAAGAGCAGCUGUCCAACACCAGAUAUACCACAGCCUCUGGGAUUAUGGCCUCUGGAUAAGACUCAUCUCAGUGAAGAUGUUAGUGGAAACAACAUCGAUGCUGUAUUACAUGACGUUGACCUCAUUGAGACUGCUGAAGGUAUCUACAGUGGGGCAUAUUUCAUGUCUGGACUUGGAACUUCAUAUAUCGAGCUUUCUGGGAAUAUCUUUGAUGAAGUUGAAGGAUCAUUUACUCUAUUAAUAGCAUUGUACGUGGAGGAUUAUAGUGGAAUUAUUUUCUCAACUGACGAUGGAAGCCUUGUUUUAUGGUUCGACCAUUUAUUUCUACAUGCCAGCAUACAGACAACAAGUGGUGAUCUGAUCCAACUGGAUGGCAAACAAUUGUCUGCUUUUCAGUGGAACUUUGUGGGUGUGUCUUUUAACUACUUAGGAUGUGUUUUUGAACUGUGGUUGAAUGGAUUACUUUCAGACAGAAUAUUUACCCUCAGAAGUGAAAUUAACUUGUCAAAUGUAUCAAGUUUAUUCCUUGGAAAUAGUGCGAUUACAGAAAUGAAAUGGAAAGGCCUAAUAAAGUGCUUGCAGAUUUACAAUGAUUCACUCUCAUCCCGACAACAAGCAUUAUCUUACAAUCUCUGUCCAGAAAUGUAUGAAGAUACCGAUGAGUGUUUCUAUAAGGAAAUGGGGUUAGAUUAUCGUGGAAGAAUUAAUAUCACCAAAAGCGGAAGAAACUGCCAAUCUUGGAUGGACAGAGAGCCCCAUUUGUCAAAAUUUGUGGGUUCUCAGUAUCCUGGCAGAGGACUGGGUGACCACAACUACUGUAGGUCGCCAAAUCAUGCAUAUACUUGGUGUUACACAACUGCGCCAGAUAAGAAAACCGAAAGUUGCUCCAUUGGACAGCCAGGUCAGAAUUGUUUAGAUGCCCCACUACCGGUUGGAUUUUGGCCAUUAAAUGCCGAUUAUUUGAAUCAAGAUAUCAGUGAAAAUGGAAAUGAUGCCAUGUUAAAUAAUGUGUAUAUUCUACAGCCUGCAGAGGGGAUUUCAGAAGGUGCAUAUGACUUCAGUGAUGGUCCACCUGCUUCAAUCACAAUGAGAAUAACUAAAACCAUACAUCUUAAGAAUUCAUUUUCAAUUGUUUUACGUGUUUACAUCCCAUCGCCGAUUUCACUGGAGGAGUCCCUUUUAAAUCAAACAAUCUUUAGAUGGAAUGACGUUUUUGUUUUGCAUUGCAUAAAUAUUGAUAUUUAUGGAUGGCUUGUGAGAAAGGAUGGAUCAGACUAUGUCAGGUUCACUGCAUAUCGCAGCAUACACUUGGAUCAAUGGAACACAAUUGUUGUGAGUCGUAACCAUAAAACCGGAUACCUAGAUUUAUGGGUAAAUGGACAACAACAUUUCACACGUCUGAUUGGUAACUGGCAGCUACCAAAUUCAUUGCAUCAUAUUGACAUUGGUGGUGGGGGAUUCCGUGGACUGGUAUACUGUUUUCAGGUUUAUAAUGUUAGCCUAAAUAAUAAAGAUAUAGAGGAAGCAAUACAACGUUGUAUGGAUUUAAACACUAAAUCAGAAUGUUUCUAUAAGAGAGAUGGUUCGGAUUAUCGCGGAACUGCUUCUGUGACGUCUGAAGGAAAUUUAUGUCUACCUUGGACGGAUUUUCUGGAUAAUAUAACAAUACCAACACGAACUACUGUUCUUUCAACUACUGUUGCCAUGGUGAAAGAAGAUUCGACUAAAACAGAAAUGAUAUCUAAAAACGGUUUGUAUGGUAAUAUUACAAUUAAUAAUGAUGUAUUUCAGACCAUGGAAAUUCACCGGACACAUAGUGGCGUUGUCACCACGCCACCUCAAACAACCGAACCUGACAGUACAUAUCAUCGUCGACAACGUUUGUUUGAGCAGCUCGGGAUUGGAAAUCAUAGCUUCUGUAGGAAUCCAACUGACAAGGACUAUGCAUGGUGUUACACAGAUGAUGGUGUAGCAUACUGUGACAUAGGUGUCCGUGGUGAAUAUUGUGAUGGUCCACUGCCGACUGACCCAACAACAUCCACCAUAAAGCCAACAGGGAGAGCAAUAGAUCACUCCCCAACCACUAAACAGCGCUCCACAAGACUACCCCGUGUCUUCACCUCAAAGCAAGCAACUAGUAAACGUAUUGUUAUGAAACAAAGAACAACGGAAAUGUAUGACGAUUAUGGUUUUGACAAAGUCAACGUCGGUUUGUAUGCAAUCGUUCCCGGAAUAGUGUUAAUUUUUGUUUUCAUAAUAAUUCUUUACAAAAUAUCUCCUGGAGAGCUGGAUGGCAGUGAGCAAGAUGAAGAUGACGAAAACGAUUUGAAUUACGCCAUUGAAGGAGAAUCAUUAACUAAAGAACAACGCAGAUACAUAGCACAGGAACGAGCACUGCGAGAAUUCAGUUUAUAA